UGUGUUCAUUGCUAAAAACUGUACAAGUCAGUGGAAGCUACCAUAAGCCCACGCGGACACCCUCCUCCGGGUCCAGGUAGAAGUUGCACGUGUGGUUCAGCACGUAUUCGGGAUGGUUGAGAUCCACCAAAUAUGGAAUCCUCACUGCAGAUGAGCGUACACAAGGGCAGGCUGCUGUCCCGUGGGAUGGAUGACGACCUGGAGCAGGACCAGUACGAGGAGCGCCUGAAGGAAGUUUUCGAUGGCUUCGACGGCAGCCGCUGCGGCUCGCUAUGCCCGGAGGAGCUCGCCGACCUCUGCCUGUCGCUCCACUUGGAGGACGUCGCCCCGGCCCUCCUGGAUGCUCUGCUGCAGGGUCGGGACCGCAUCACUGACCGGGUUGACUUUGAGCAGUUCAGGGAUGCGUUGAUUCUGGCGUUGUCAUCCGGCAUUGAAGCGCCACCAACGCAGCAGGAAGUCUCAUCCAGACCAGAGUCGCCCGACAUCCAACCAAAGUUUGUGAAAGGCAGCAAACGCUACGGCCGUCGCUCCAAACCGGAUUCGCCCAACACCAUUUCAGACUUUUGCGAAGACGCGCAAGACGAAGACGACGGCCAGGACGCCAAGGACAACUGCGACUCGGCAAUUCCGAGAAAGCGUGAGCGCUGGAAUGCAGACCAAACGAGCACAGAAGAGUACGAAGCAGAAGGCCAGAUGCAUCUGUGGAACCCAGACGAGCCCAGUCCGCCUCGAGGAUGUGUCUCGGCUGCCCUGAAGGAGAAAAUCCAAGAGGCCUGCGAAGAGUUGGCCAUUUCGUGGGACGGAUGCGCCGGCCGCUCGGACCUCCUCGCCCUCUGCGAUUAUUUAGGCUUGGAGAUAAGUGCGGAUGUCCUCUGUGGCUUAAAUGGCGGCUCCUGGAUCAAUGUUCAAGAAUUUGUUUCCAUGCUCUUGAAGCACAACAAGCCCGCCGCCCCGUCGGCCUCCACUCCUUACCGCCAGCUGAAAAGACAACACUCCACUCAGCCCUUUGAUGAGGUGGGCCGUCGGAUCGCCAACCCCUCCGCCCUGAUGAGCGGCGUCGCCACCCGUCUGUUCUCCUCGCUGGACGACGGCACCGGCUUCACUCCGGCCGAGUCCGUCAUCCACGCCUGGAUGGAAGACGGCGUGGAAAACAGCAGCGAGAUCCUGCAGGCGCUAAAUUUCAACCUUGACGGCAAGCUGAGUCUGUGCGACCUGACCGUGGCGCUGGAAAACGAACUCCUGACCACCAAGAACGACAUCCACCAGGCGGCGCUGGCCACUUUCAAAGCGGAAAUCAGACAUCUCCUAGAGCGCGUCGACAGCGAGUUGAGGGAGAAGGAGAAAAUCCGCUCAGACCUGGAAAAGGCGGAACGGCUUAAAACCCAGCUGGCCGCCGAGGUGGACGAGCAUCACUUGUCCAUCGAGCGCACAAACAAUCUGAACCUCAGGAAGUUGGAGGAAGAGCACCAAGAGAAGCUGGCGGCAGUGCGCUCGGAGCUGAUGAAGGAGAUGGACCUGUUCCGCCAGCAGGCGGCGCAGCAGCGCCAGGAACUGGAGGCGGAGGUGGACAAGAUCAAGGAGGACGAGACCUUCCUCAGGGAGCACCUCUCCAUCUCGGUCAAGGAAAACCGACGUCUGGAGAUGGACUUGCUGGACUGCAGUGAAAAACUGAUGACGGCCCAAAGCCAAGUGACCAAACUGCAGGCCAGUUUGGACAUUCUGAGAAAAGAGAAGUUUGGUGACCUGGACCCCAGCAGUGCUGACUUCCUUCUGCAGGAGGAGCGCAUCAAGCAGCUUCGCCUGGCCUACGAAGAGCAGUGCAGGGAAUUGCAGGACCGCGUGGACGAGCUGCAGUCGGAGCUGCGGGACUUUCAGAGCUUGGGCCGACCUCAGCAGGCCUGCUCCCAGCCUCUCUCGGAGGAGCUGGAGAGCAAAAGCCCCGCCGUGGAGUCGGACCCGGGCCUCGGCUCGGAGGAAGUCCAUCCCUUCAUCAGUAUGAGCCUGGAGGCGGAGAUGAUGCUGGAGCAGCAGAAGGAGCAGCACUUGCGCCAAAUGGAUGACUUGAGGAACCAGCUGGAGACCAAAAUCAAUGAAUUCAAUGCUGUGGUUGCGCAACACGAGGACCAGAAGACUGCAUUGGCCCUCCAACACCAGCAGGAGGUCCAGGCAUGGAGGGAGGAGUUGGCUAGUGUUGGCUCACGGGAGCAGGAGCUCCAGAGCCGACUCGAGGUGGCGCAGCUCGAGCGGACACGUCUUGAGGAAGCGACGCAGGAGGAGGCGUCUUCGCUUCGGUGGCAGCUCCUCGAAGUGGAGAGUGUGGCCGCGGAACGGGAGGAGCAGGUGAGGAACCUGCAAGAGCGGAAUGAGGAUCUUCUUGCUGAGAUGGAGGAGCUACGCGACCAGCACGCCAGUGUGGUCAAGGAGAACACGGCGCAGUUGGAAGUCGGACUGAAGGACCGGGAGAAGAAACAUCAGGAAGAGAAGGACGAGUUGGAGAAGAGGUGGAUGGAUUGUUUUGAAAAAGAGAAGGAACUACUGAGACAAAGCCAUCAGGAGGAGCUGACAGCCAGACUCGACGAGGCCAGGUCCGGUUUGGAGGAGGAACACAUCCAGACUGUGAAAAGCCUGACUGAGGAGUUGCAGGAGCAGCGAGCACGGCUGGACGAGCAGAACAACGAGUCCCUGCAGGCUCUGCUGGAGGAGGCCAUGUUGAGGUUGGUCAAGGAACAGGAGGAGAAGGAGAGCGAGAGAACGACUCAAUACGAUCAGCGGGAGGCCAAGCUCAAGCAGGAGUGGGAGCGGGAGAGGCUGCAGCUGGAGGAGGACUACGAGGACAUGCUUCAGGAGAGCCUGGACCAGGAACGGCAGAAACACCAGGCGGAGAAGGAGGAGCUGGAGAAAAGGCUGGAAGGCCUGCUGGACCUGAAGGAAGAGGCCCUGCGAGAGAUGACGGCUAAGCAGGCCGAGGAGAGGAACGCGCUCGGCACAAUGCUGGAUAAGCUACGAGACGACAUCGCUCAGGAAAGAUGUGAGCUGGAGCAGAUCAAGCAGGAGAAGGUCGCCGCCGAACUUCUAGCAGAGAACCUCAACAAAGAGAUGUCCGACCUUCGCUCGCAAAGCCAGCGACUCCAGGACGAGAACGGGAUGCUGGCGGACGAGAAGGCCCGCAGUCUGGCCGACGCCGACCAACUCAAGCUGCAGUUGGCCAAGCUGACCAAAGACGACAAGCAGGAGGUGCUCACCGGCACAGAGAAGAAGGAGCUUGCAGCUUGCGUACGCGCUCUGGAGGCCGAGUUGACCAAAGCUGUGAAGGACACGGUCAGGCUGAAGAACAGGAACGGCGAGCUGGCCCAGCAGGUGUCUCACCUCGAGGAGAAGCUGACGGAGGCCGACUCGAUGGAGAAUCAUCUCAGCCAACUGACGGAAGGGCGAAAGGGUGCGGCGAAGGAGACACGGUGUCUUCGCAAACAAAUGGCCAAAUUCCAGGAGAAGGUGAAGAGCAUGGACGACAGCCUUCAGUCCCUGAGUCAUCAGAAGGCUUGCCUCCGCUCGGAUCUCCGCGUCAUGCAACAGGAGCGAGAUUCCCUCCGCCAGGAAGUUGGUGUGCUGCACAAGCAACUGCAGAACGCCGUCGAUAAGAACCAUAUCAUGGAGCUGGCCUUGCACGAGGCGGGCGUCCAAAGUCCCAGCAGGAAGCUCCACAGAGACAACACGCUCCAGCCCAAGGAACAAGACGAGAAGGUCAGCAUCCUGUCUCUCAGGCAGCAGCAGCAGCACAGGCACAGCCAGACGAUGGUCCUCAAAGCCUUGGAGAAAGAGAACGCCUCCCUCAAGCAGGAGCUGGAUGCCCAAAAGCUGCUCAUCAAGGAGCUCACUGCUAAGGAAGGACACGCACAGCUGCAGGAGGAAAACGAGGCCCUCAAGGCCGAGAUCGCUCGAAUCACUGAACAAUUCCUUAAGUCGUUCCAUGUUCACUUCUCCGGACUCCUGCCGACGUCGCCCCACAGGACGACGAGUGGACAUUGUUCGGACAACGCACAGGACGACCAGAAGCCUCGGAUGGAGCGUAUGGAAUCACGAAUGAAAGAAAUUGAAGCAUCUCUGCGUAAUGUCAAGCUGCUUCUCAGGGAAAAAGUGGCUCAGCUCAAAGAACAGGUGCACAAAAACAGCAGAGCAGACGUGCUCAUCCGAGACUUGUACGUGGAGAACGGUCAGCUACUGAAGGCUCUGGAGGCUCUCGAGCGGCGACGCCGAACACCGGAGAAGACCAAGCGGCCGGCCGAGGACGACACCUUGGAGCUCCACACCAGAGUAUGCGGUCCGAACCCCCCGCCUCUCCUCUCGCCAUCUUACAACUUCAACCGUGUGUAAUUGCACCUCAUUUUAUUUUUCCUAAACAUCAGUAUUAUAUGCAGUAUUUUGUUAUUUUAUGUAUUUAUUUUAUACUGAGACACCGAAUGUAUUAUUGUACAUCUCCAUCUCCACCAGGUGGGGGAAAAUCAGUAUUUUUUAAUUUUAAUAACCUGCCUCCACAAUUGUAUGUGUAUAAUUAUUGUGAAGGAAGAAGUGUUUGCCAAGACAAUUGAAAAUUUCAUUUUGUAUGACUUAGCUUAGUCUAUAUACUACUCAGUUGACAGAGUGCUCAACAAUGAAUCAUGUGUUUUACUAUGUCCUGUCCAUCAGAGCCAUUAUCUUCCCAUGCUGAUUCUUUGGAAAAAGAGAUGUGUGAUAAAAAGAUGGAGCACUUUAAACUGUAAUAGUACAGCUACCAAAGCAUCUAGUGUUUCAAGUAUUUUUCCCCAAGAGAAGAUAAAUCUAGUUUGAAAUAGAAGCCAACACUACCUUUUGCUGUCACUUGCACGCACGCCAUGUUGUAGGGAAAAGGGAUGGGUGUAUUGUGAAUGAAGAUUAUGAACUAUUGGUGUUUUUGUCAAUGGAAAACGACACUAUAUGCUUGUUAUUUACUUCACACUGUUAGGGGGGAAAAAUUGCCAGACAUUUUUUUUGUUUGGGGUCUAUUAUUCAUUUGUUCUUUUUCAUUUUUUCUUCAAAUGUGUGCUUUAUAUUGGACGAAAGGGAUGUUAUUGCAGAAAAUUAAAAGAUGACAUACUUUAA